ACUAUUGACUGUGUUGGGGAUAUGCUGUUGCCCAAUGCACUAAUCUCAAGGACAGCAGCAGGCAGGAUAGGAACUAACUCAAGGGGAGACAUAAAUGCCCCAAAGGAUCUGGGGAGAGGCCAGGACCGUCCCCGCCCACUUUCCUUCCUCCUGUCCUCUCCACCCUCACAGCAGCCCCCACCUUCUUUGUGUGCUGGCCUGUAGAACAGAAGCCACAGAUACUUCCUGAAGGCAACCAACUCAGCUCAGAGCCCACUGCCCUGUGGCCCAUCACAAGCCUGCAACCAUGGGGAGCCAUCAGGACUUCCGGAGCCUCCAAGCCAAGUUCCAGGCCUCUCAAUCAGAGCCUAAUGAACUCCCCAAAAAAUCCCCGAAGCCAGAGUUCAACAAAUUGCUGAACAAAUUUCCACAUCCUGAGCUAAGCGAGCAGCCCAAGAAGAUCUUGCAGCCUGAGGUCAUUGAGGCCCCUCAGAAGAUCAGUGCAGGGUCCUUAAGGCCUCCACAGUCCCAGUUUGCUGAUCUCCCCAAGAAGCCCUUGAAGCCUGAGUUCACUAACCUCCCCAGGAAGCCCCAGCAACCUGAGUUCACCGAUCUCCCCCAGAAGUCCCAGCAGCCCAAGUUCACUGAUCUCCCCAAGAAGCCCCAGCAGCCCGAGUUCACUGAUCUCCCCAAGAAGCCCCAGCAGCCUGAGUUCACUGAUCUCCCCAAGAAGCCCCAGCAACCAGCAUUUACUGAUCUCCCCAAUAAACCCUCCAAACCUGAGUUCACCGAUCUUCCCAAGAAGUUCCCACAACUUGAGGCCACUCCAUUUCCUAGGAAGCCCUUACAACCCGAGGUCAGUGAGGCUCCUCAGAACGUCUGGCAGUCUGAGCCCAGCACGCUUGUCCAGAAGCCCCCACAAGCAGAGCACAGCAACCCUGCCAAGCCCCCUACAGAACCCAAACUCAGCACAUUCUCCAAGAAGUUCUGGCAGCCUGAGUCCAAUGAGAUAUCCAUCAAGCCUUUACAGACUGAGUUCAAUACGUUUCCCAAGAAGCCCUCACAGCCUGAGUUCAAGUUCAAUGUGCAUCCCAGGAAGCCCCCACAGCCUCAGGCUGGUAGCCUCCCAAGGAAGUCCCUACCACAAGAGCCUGAAUUCACUGAGGUCCCUCAGUUGCUCCCUUCAAAGUCUGGGCCCAGUGAGCCCCAACUCUACUCCCCAAAGCCUGACCUUGGUACCUUGCCCAAGAAGCCCCCACAACUACAGGCUGGUGACCUCCAUAAGUCCCUAACACAGCCUGAGUUCAGAGAGGUCCCUCAAAAGACCCCCUUGAAGGAGUGUGAGUCCAGUGAAAGCCAACCCCACUAUCUGCAGCCAGGCCUCAGUGCAUUUCCCAAGAAGCCCCCACAGCUUCAGCCAAGUAAACUCCCCACGAAGCCCCUGAAGCCUGAGUUCAGUGACCUUACCAGGACUUCCUCAGAACCUGAAGUCUGUAUGCUUCCCAAGAGGUCAAAGCAGCCUGAAUUCAAAGGACUUUCCAAGAAGACCCCUAAGGCAGAGCCGGGCAGUCUCCCCAGGACCUCCUCAGAACCAGAGUUCAGCUCAUUGCCCAGGAAGUUUCAGCAGCCUGAGUACCAAGGGCCACCUCGCAAGUUCUCCCAGCCUGAGCCCAAUGAUAUGCCCAAGAAGCACCUGCAGUCCAAGUUCUUCAGGGAUUUUUCUAGAAAGCCCCCAGUCCUGGGCUCAGUUUCUGAGAGCUCACUGCCUUCUGCCACCUUGGGCUCCAGGCCCCACCUGCUCAGCCCUGGAUUUGGAGCUGCUGGGACACCCCGCUGGAGGUCAGAAGACUUCAAAGCUUACAACCCACCCCGGCGGAAGCCACUGCCCCCAGUUAGCAGCCUGGGACCACCUCCAGCCAAACCCCCACAUCCCCCAGGCCUCAUGGAUAUCCAGAGCUUUCGGAGACUCUCAGCAGCCACAGCUUUACAGAGGAGUUGCUCGUCUGCUGGGACUCACUUCCUGGCCCAACAGCCUAAAGACAACUCACGGGAUCCGGAUGAGAUCUAUGAGCUGUAUGACGACGCAGAGCCCACAGAGGACUCAGGCCCUAGCUCCAGAGGCAGAGAUGAAGUGCUGUCUACUCAACAAGCCACCAGGAGGCAGUCACAGGACCCAGAGCUCAGGAAAGAGAAGGUCCCCCAGCCACAGCAGUUGCCACCUAUGGAUCCAAAGCUGCUGAAGCAGAUCAGGAAAGCGGAGAAAGCUGAGCGGGAGUUCCGGAAGAAGUUCAAGUUUGAAGGGGAGAUUGUGAUUCAUACAAGGAUGAUGAUCGAUCCCAACGCCAAGACCCGUCGUGGAGGUGGCAAACACCUGGGAAUCCGGCGUGGAGAAAUUCUGGAGGUUAUUGAAUUCACCAGCAAGGAGGAGAUGCUCUGCCGGGAUCCCAAGGGCAAAUAUGGCUAUGUGCCCAGAACAGCUCUCCUGCCACUGGAAACAGAGGUGUAUGACGAUGUCAGCUUCUGGGACCCUUUGGAGAGUCAACCAUUUCUCCGAGGACAAUAGAGCCCUCAGGUGGGGCACAGAACAGCCUGCCAGCCCAGCUACCCACUAACCCAGGAGCCCUGGAUCCCAGUUUGACAGAGCUGUCCAGGUGGCAUGUGUGACCACAUAAAGCCUCUUUAAAAC